AUGGAGUCUCGUUCGCCGUCCACUUCAUUCGACAAUGUCGACCAGCCGCAACCUGUGGUCGUAAAGACCGACCUGACCAGAGUCCCGACCUAUCCAGGCCAACGUACAGAUACGCCUUCCAACACCUCGCUGCCUCAUUUGCAAACUUCCUCGGUGGUCCCACCCGAUUCUGGCUCUGCAAUGUCCGGCAAUCCGGGAUCAAGGCCGGUAUUGACUUCAUCCACUUCAUCUCGAUUCGGCGCCCUGUCACUGCAGGACGAACUCUCGCAGCAAGCCACGCUUGACACUGUCCGUGCACCUUCGUCUGUCUUGCCCUCCUCGGCAACGGUCAGUUCCGAACAGAGCAAGACCAACGCUUCCAACAAGAGCAUCUCCUCCUCCAGCUCCAACUACACAUCGGCGACCGAGAGUCCUGUCUCGGCUUCGGUCCCUGCAGAAUUGCCUCACCCCGCCGAGUCUCAACAGCGCACUCCAGUCUCAUCGCAGACACCCAUUGAAACGGAGUCGCGACGGCCAGGCUCAAGCACAUCACCGCCUUCAUCCUUUUCACAGCAAAGCAUCGCUUCCGCCUCUACCAUCACCCAGUCCCGACUUCCGACCUCGCGCUCCCUCGCAUCAACCCUCUCCGGCGACAAGCAGGCCAUGAGUCUGGAGCAAGAGCUCGACGCUGACCUCGUCUCAGCACAAGCUUCUACAUCUCCACUCGAGUCUGAUCUUCAGGCGAGGAACAGUGCCCUAUCGAGGCGUUCAUCCCGACGCAGCCGUCGAUCCGGCUUGCCUGCACCAUCUGAUCGACUGCCCGUUGGAGAGGGUGGACCGCAAGCACCUCCGCGCAGCGCUUCCUUCCGCGACGCUUCCAAGCGUCUCUCUACUGGCCAAGGUCACGGAGAUCUUGGUGUGGAUGCGUACGCUGGCAACAGCGCCGGUCCUCCAUCUCCUUCCAUGACCAGCUUCCUCGAUCUCGACUCGCCUAGAUCUUCCGAGUCGAGUUCCACAGGCAGAUUGCCUCUCACCAGCAGAAGGACCUCGCUACGCGCUACAUCGCCCAGAACCGCCACAUUUGGUCUUGAUCCUUCGACAUCUGCAGCGCCCUCUUCUACACAUUCGCCAAUCGGCAGAACGACUUCGCGGCCAGCCUCACGUCCAGCAUCGAGACCUACCUCAUCCGGCAGCAAAGCAGCUCUCCUCGGAACAACAUCGGCGAUCCCCGAGACAGCUACACAGACGGCACCCAAACCUGUCAAAGGUCCGUCCAGCAUGGAUCGCGAAGCCUUGCAGCGAUGGGUGCUCUCCGUCGGCUGUGUCAACUUUGACCUCGAGCUGGGUCCUGAUCUCGAGUUCCUCUACCCUCCGCUCGGCAUCAGUCGCGAAGAGCGCGACAACAUUGCCUUCUCUUCCUUCCCCGAUACCUCGAUCUUUGACGAUGGCUCGCUCGUCUUUUCUUGGCGAGUGCGUGAAGUGCCCCUCGAUUCGUCCAAGUCGGAGCCGCCGACGAUCAAGAGCCACGACGCUGCACUGCCGCAGCCGCCUGCACUCGCGGACGAGGAGACACCGAGACCGUCGAUGAACAAGGCAGCACUUCAGAAUGCCAUGGCCCAAGCACAACGCAAAAAGGCACAAGGUGCAUCCCAGAACCUCUCCGUACCAACCAGCCCGACCUCGCCGCAGACGCCGGGCUUCAGAGACUCGUCCGCCUCAUCAGCGACCAGCUCGCAAUCGCUCUCUCGACAUGGCUCGGAUGCCAAUCUGCGCAAUGGUGGAUCUCCGAGCAUGCCCAGCACCACUUCUUUCCACGAACGCCUCACUCAGAAGCUCUUUUCAUCGUCAAGCUCGUCUGCUAUGGCGAGGCAUUUCUCGCACGACAGGCAUAGCAGUGGGCAUUCCAUGAGUUCUGCAUCUGCUGACGACGACGCCGAUGCCAACGCUGCCGCCACCCCGUCCUCUUCUUCUUCGGCCGCCUCGACAGGCGCCGGCGGAUCGAAUGCAUCACAAGUGACUGGCUCCGCCGCUUCUACACCCAAUUCGUCGGUCCACACCAGCGACCUCAUCCAGCCAAAGCGCGCAGGGGGCAACAGCACCAGCAGCAGCUAUAUCUACGGCUAUGUGUUCUUCCGCCAAAAGCCCGACUCCACCAACCGACGCGGUUACUUUCAGAAAUCGGUCGUCAUUCUCUCGCAUCUGCCGCUCGUCGGGCUCUUCAGCGAAGUCGUUGCGCGCUUGGGUCCGCUGUACUUUGAGCAUGGCAUGUCGAUGCUCGAAGCGUUCGCGGCGGAUGUCAUGUCUUGGCCUGCGCCGCAACCAGGAAGCAUCCUCACGCUUCCUCUGCUGGGCAGUAUCCUGACAGCAGCGAUUCCAUUCGGACAGCAACCACAAAAUUCGCCCAACGCCGAAUCGGCACCCAUGGUAGCCAGUAACUCCGGGUCAGGCACAACCCCGUGGAGCACCGCCACUAUGACCAUCCGAUCUCGAUCGCGACAGUCCAGCGCCAACGGCUCCGCCAACCGCCAACUUCCCGAACCGCUCAUCGGCCCCGAAGGACCGCUGCUCGCGUCCAUCCCAACCACAUCGCUUUUCGAGACGUUCAAGGAAGCCCUCGCCGAUCUGUGGCUGCUCUGGGAAUGCGUGCUGCUCGCAGAACCCAUCCUCGUGAUCGCACCUGAACCCAAGAUCGCGAGCGAGGCGGUGUGGCACAUGCUUGAUCUGAUCCGACCCAUCCCGUACGCAGGCGACUUCCGACCUUACUUCCACAUCCACGACUACGACUUCCGCACGCUGGUUACCAAGAACAAGCCCCAGGCGGGGACGCUCAUCGCUUCGACCAAUCCGUUCUUUGCGACCGCGUGUGGUCAUUGGCCGCACGUGUUGAGGGUGGGUAAAGCGGCGGUGAAGCUGAUCACGAUCAAACAUGGGAGUGGGGGAGGUGGGGGGAAGAAGGUUGGUGGUGGUGGUGGUGUUGUGGGAGGCGGGAUCGGUGGUGGACAUGGGGCUGGUGGUGGAGGGCCUGAUCAUAUCCCAGGGUUUACGACGAAACGCAAAAGAAGGAUCAGUAAGGAUCGACAGCUGCUCAAGCGGUUGCAGGAUCUCGCUGCGUCUGCUGCCAAGGCUGGAAACGACGAUGCAGCGACCGCCGCUGCCAUCUCUUCCGCCAACGUGGUGAUGCGACGAUACUUUGCCGACUUGACGGAGCGUUUCCUCUCUCCCCUGAAUCGGUACGUCGCCUCUCUCGUUCCAGCAUCGUUCGAUCUAUCCUCGCCCUCCGAAGUGCCCAAGAUCCGACCCUUCAACACGACCGACUUCCUCUCCUCGCUCAAGACGCACGGUACACCACUCGCCAUCCGUUCGCGCUCCCUCCCGACGGGCGCUAGCGUUCGCCAAGGGCUGUACAUGGAUUUCCUCCGGUGCCCGAACUUCUCUCUCUGGUUGCACAGCAGAGUAGCUGCUGCAGAGGAAGAACAGAGGCGACGCUACAUCAGCAGUCUCCUCCAGGGGGACGUGACGGUGUUCGGGCGGGAAAAAGGCGAGAUCGAGACGAUCGAUCUCUAUUCCCGAUUGGUGGAAGAGAUCCGACUGGUGGAUGUUCAAUUGACCGCCCCGACCGAACCCGGUCCAGGGAGCAGGUGGAGGACCGACGCACCCAAACCAAACGCUGCGGUGGGGGGGAUCGAAAGCGGUAGGAGCACUCCAACGUUGACCGGCGCGAGCAGCGCAAAGACGACGGAGAAGAGGCUGAGGGAGCAGAAGCAGAGGCUGCUCGUUCAGCUCGACAAGCUGUGCCAGACGUUGCCGGAUGAUCUGCGGAGCAGUUUGAGGCGCCCGGCGUAG